GAACACAACGUAAACAGGUGCAGUACGUGAAGAAAAACUCUUUAAACCGUAGCAAAGUUCAUGACAAUCAAUACAUUCCUCUGUGCCACCAACGAUUACAUUACAGAGAAGACGUUUAGUGAAGGUUUUCGCUAGGGGAGAGUGAUCAAGUUGGAGUAGCUGAUACAGUGUACAGUGAUGAAUCAUUACUGUACCGUCUUAGAGAUACAUAAUUACAGUAUACAGUGAUGAAUCAUUACUGUACCGUCUUAGAGAUACAUAAUUACAGUAUACAGUGAUGAAUCAUUACUGUACCGUCUUAGAGAUACAGGACUUGAUGUGAACGGGACCAUUGUGUCAACUCGUGCCUACUGUAGAGUGUAUGCACGAGGUCAGAAACUGAUUUAAGUGUUAGAGAAACGUUCUAGUGCUCGAAUAUUACCAAGAAUUAUCCAACGAAACUUUAAGAGGGUUUUUAGAAAUGACUCAAGUUAGCAAUUUUGUCUUCGUGUAAGAACGAUGGUAGUGUUUGGACCCUAGCAAGAAAUAUAUAUUGUCCAGAGCAACACAAUGGCUACUGGCAAACAGGGUCUGUUUGUGGUAGUGUGGGAGUGGGAGAACAAACAGCGACGAUGGCGCCCUUACUCCCCAGAAGUCACACAGCAACUGGAACGUUCUCACACCAAGAACCUGCGCUCAGUCUUUCUUGGAGACUCUGAUCCGGCUCUCAAGAAUUAUUGUGUUCAUUUGCCGGAAAUGGAACAAAAGUGCACAGCUUCGGGGGAGACGGUGAGGGUGCGGCGCAAUUUUUACCCCCAGAGUUCUCCAGCUGGCCAAGGAGCUGUGUGGCAGUGGGCAGGAGAUGCCUGUGGUGACUGGCACGUGUAUGACAUGUGUGUACAGUGCAUCAUUGAGGAGUCAUGGGCGACUGGAGCCCAAACUGUGGAUAUGAGCUGUACUUUCCCAUUGUGUCCCUAUGUCAUCAACUUCUGUAACCUUACUCAGAUGAACAGCAGAACAGGCUUCAUACGCAGCAUCAGAAGAUUCCAACAAGCAGCUUAUCCUGUAGGAAGGCGCCCAGUAACUCCCCAGCAGUCACAUGUACCAGGAUUUUCAGGACGUGCAAUGACUACCAGCAAUAACAACAGUAAUAAUCCAUUCAACAACACAAGAAGUACAACGAUGUCACCACUGGGGGCUGGCUCAACAGAUGACAGGCCUAGGAGGCGAGGUAGUCGGGGAGAGGAGAGAGAUGCAUCCUCAUCAGACACGAAGCCACGCACCUUAAUGAAUAAGGUGUUCGGUCGUGGUCAUGGGAGCAACAGUAAUAACAGGGGUGGUAACAUGAAUCCUCCGGUGUCCAGUGACGUGAGCAAUGGGCGAUUAUCAAGUCAGUGGAAUGGGAGAGAUGCAAGCCCUCCCAAACCUAUGCCUCGCACUAAUGUCCCACCUGUACCCAAGCCUCGGUCCAACGUGCCUCCCCCAAAACAUCAUCAGCAUCAUCCAUCACUUGAACAACACCAACACUUCAGUGACCACCAGCAUAAUCAGCGGCAACACUUACUGGAAGACCAAGAGGAGCAAAGAACAUAUAUGGCUAGAGGAUUAAGUCGUCCACCUUCCAGGAAUGAAUCUGCCAUGGGUAGAUUUGGAUCAAACCACACCUUGGACUCCGACUGUAGCUCACUCAAUAGUGGCAGACGACCAAGUGUGGACACCACCUCCACAUAUCUGUCUCUGGAAUCUUUCACAGUGGAGGAUGAUCACCCCCAGAGCUUAAGACAUGAUAAUCCUGCUGAAGCUGGAGCUACUUGCAGUCCUGUUGUUGACAAGCUGAUAAAAGUGGACUCAGAUGAGAGCAUGGAUGAUGAUGUAUUUAGUGAGGACCAGGAGGUUUGUGAUGUUAUGAGAGGUGUAGCAGACCAUUCCUCUCCUCCUCGAGCACCUUCUCCACUUACUCUCUCACACUCCCACCAUCAGCACCAAUACAGCCGCCAUUCUGUGCCACAUCACACACAGAACCAGAGUACCCCCCAACAACAGAGCCACUUCAUGCCUAUCAAUGCAGCUCUGCCAAGUUCAGAUGUGGCUCCGCAGAUGAACGGCGUCAAGCGGAAGUGGGGCCAGCAGACUAUGUUUGGUCAUCCUCAUAUGGGUGCUUCUGGAGAUGGCAAUAAUGAUGAGGUUUCUCAGAACUCUCGUUUUUACGGGAAGCAAAACCAGCAUCGUUUUUCACACCACAGAUCUCAGCAUGGAUCCAGGGCACCAAUUGCUGCAGAAGAUCAGUUGCUGGUUCAGCACACCAGUGUAGUAACAUCACCUCCUGAUGAGAUGUGUUCAAUAUGCAUGUGGAGUUUACAGGAACCCUCAGGUUACUCUGAUGAGGAUGAAGCAGUUGCCACUCCUGCACAUACAGCAGGUCUCAAGAGUGAUGGUGUUGUGAGUUUGGUUUUGUGUGAUCAUCUGUUUCACUUGGCAUGUGUGAGACAAAUGGCCAAAGCCUCUCCUCAGUUUCUGGAAUGCCCCAAUUGCAAAACUCUACACGGAGAGAAGAUUGGAAAUCAGCCCAAUGGCCGCAUGGACGUCAUUAGUGUGUCAGGAUCUCUUCCUGGACAUCCUAACUGUAAUACUAUACAGAUCACAUAUAACAUUAACAAUGGAGUACAAGGUCCAGAACAUCCUCGCCCAGGACGACCUUACCAUGCUGUUGGUUUUCCUCGCAUUGCAUAUUUGCCCAACAGUGAGAAGGGCAAGAAGGUGUUAAAACUGUUGAGGGAAGCUUGGCGUCGACGCCUCGUGUUUACUAUUGGCACAUCUGUCACAAUGGGGAUACAGGAUGCUGUCACUUGGAACGAGAUCCACCACAAAACUGAGUGGACAAAUUACAAUGGCCAUGGAUAUCCUGAUCCUAACUACCUAGACAAUGUUCUAAAGGAGUUAGCAUUGCAUGGUGUAACUGAAACAACACUUGUGUAACUUGUUUGUGAUGUUGGAAUUGCAAUUUUGUUAUUUUUUCAACCAUGCCACUUUUAUUGACUAAUAAAUAAUAUGUUAGUAUGAUUAUCAUAUUUGUUGGCAGUUGAUGUAUACCACAGUGAUUUGAUAGUUUGUUUCCUACUGGGAUUCAUCUCAUACUACAGGCCCAGGAGGAAGUUGGUAUGUUAGUCAAAGUAAAGUCAGCAGUGGUAUUCCACCUACCUACACAUACAUAUACAGGUAUUGUAUACAGUUAACCCUCACUUUACGCGGUCCCGCAUUCCGUGUUUCCACGUUAAUGCGGUGCCUUGCCAGAACCUCACGUGCUCACAUU